AAAGAUAACAGAACUUUUAUUAUAUCCCCAUACUUUGAUGGCCGAGAAAGCAAAGUCACUCGCGUGAUUGGGAUUGUUCACCAUGAAGAGGUAAAACAGCUCUACUGCUGGUUCUGCUGCCAGCCCAAUGGAAGGAUAUAUGUAUCAAAAGCAGAAAUUGAUGUUCACUCAGAUAGGUUUGGAUUCCCUUAUGGUGCAGCAGAUAUUGUUUGCGUGGAACCUGAAAACUGUGAUCCAACACAUGUAUCGAUUGAUCAGUCUUCACGUGGAAAUAUUGACCAGCUGCCAAGGUUUGAAAUUAAAAACCGCAAGGCUGAGACCUUUUCUGUUGACUUCACUGUAUGCAUCUCUGCCAUGUUUGGAAAUUACAACAAUGUCUUGCAGUUUAUACAGAGUAUGGAAAUGUACAAGAUUCUUGGGGUACAGAAAGUGGUGAUCUAUAAGAACAACUGCAGCCAUCUGAUGGAGAAAGUCUUGAAGUAUUAUAUGGAAGAAGGAACUGUAGAGAUAAUUCCCUGGCCAAUAAAUUCACACCUCAGGGUUUCUUCUAAAUGGCACUUUUCUAUGGAUGCAAAAGACAUUGGCUACUAUGGACAAAUCACAGCUCUCAAUGACUGUAUAUACCGUAACAUGCAGAGGAGCAAGUUUGUGGUUCUUAAUGACGCCGAUGAAAUAAUUCUCCCCCUUAAGCACCCAGACUGGAAAACAAUGAUGAGCAGUCUUCAGGAGCAAAGCCCAGGGACUGGCAUUUUCCUCUUUGAGAACCACAUCUUCCCAGAAACCGUAUCUACUCACGUGUUCAACAUUUCGUCCUGGAACUCUGUGCCGGGUGUUAACAUAUUACAGCAUGUUCACAGAGAACCUGAUAGG